CAAAGUUUUCUACCGCUCACUGCUAUAUAAUUGUUUGUCUCCGGAACGUUUGUUUAGUCCUGAAGUCUCUGCGAUAACAGUGCAUAGGGAAGUUCGUCGUCCUUUGAGUUGUUUCAAUUUGAAGAAGUUUAACCACGCCAGAGACGCGAUUGGAAGUUCCGUUUUUUUCCCUGGUCUAUCCGUGUAUACAAUCAAAAGUGCUACAGCAACAUGGUCAGUUACGGUCAAGAACUGUUGGAAAACAUUUCCGACCUGUGCCGGGUUUGCUCCUCCCCAGGCUCGCACAGUAUUUUCGACAAAAUUGCGCCCUAUCUGCACGCGCAUCCUCGUGAGAUUCCCCGCUGGGGGACGCCUAUCUGUAAGCUAGUCACCGAUGUUACUGGAUUGGAGAUAUCAAAGGACGACGGAUUGCCCCAGAAGAUUUGUGUGUUGUGCAUUUCCUACCUGAAACACGCGCACACCUUCCGGCAGCAGGCUAUUGACAAUGUGGGGUCGAUUCUGGCUGCCAAACAGGUCGCAAAGAUUGAAAAGCUUGACGAAGAAAGCAGAGGCAACAUGCAUUCCGAUGGGGAACGGCCAGACACUCAUCAGAAAGAUUCGUAUAAAGUAGCGCUCCAGCAGGUACUGGACGGGAUGACAAAGUUGUCUGCAAAGCAGAACAAUGCGGUUGAGGAAAAGUCAAGGCGUGUCAAUGCGAAGAGCAGAUUGCAAGCCAUAUCUUCAGAGGUAUUGCCGUCAACUGUACUGAACGGAGUCUUCAGCUAUAAAGAGAAAGAGUUUGAAGAAGAUGACAUUAUGAAUCUUGAUGUUUUGAAGGAGCAUAAUAUCGUAGUUAACCUACCGGAGGAUCUCAAACAGAAAAAUUGUCCUUGUCGAAAGCGAUUCAUGUUAGAGGACUCAAUAAGUGAGCACUUGAAACAGUGUCUUCAGUUCAAAUUGAUGAAAUUUAUCCGGGAAAUCUAUCACCUUCUGUUUCUCAAAGAAAAUAGUUCGAUGUCAUCAUUCGAAUUCAUUCAGAGGGCUGUAUUUUACGUGAGGAAGUGCUCUACUAUGAUCGCAAGCUAUGCUGGCAUGGAGGCGGAAAUAACGGAGGAUGUAGCUGAAGAAAAACUUUCCGCACGAGAAUCAGAACAGAUCAACCAGCAAGAAGCGGAAGAUUCGUCGCCUCUAACGUCGGUUACAGUCGAUGAAGGCGAGAGCCCUAUACCAACCGGAUCUACCUCAACAUCACCCUUGCGCACGAUUGCCCGUUGUGAGGAGUGUCAAAUAUCAUUUGAAACAUGUAAAGACCUGGAAACGCACAACAACGACUAUCAUCGCGAACAGCAUACAUUCGCGGCCGCUCUAAAUAACCUUCCCUCUUCGUUUCCUCAAUCGUACAUUCCCACGUUUUCUAAGCGGAUAGAAAUAAUCAAAAACAGGCUGCUAUCGAACUCACCGGACUUUGGGCCCGACUAUCGAGGCCUGUUGCAGAAGCAAUGCUGGAAGUGCAGAAAACGUUUCAGUUCGACGCCACAGCUGAGGACCCACUUUGGCCAAUGUCGUGGAAGAUUUUUGCGCCAGCGGCCCCAGCAGAACGGUAGCCCGUUUCAUUCCAAUCAGCGGAACGGAAUGAAUGCUAAGUUUACGCCAAGGAAUGACUCAAGACGGUAGAAUUGAUUUCUACAUCGAAGAUUUUUUUGCUUUUGAUACUUGAUGUGAAAUUGAUGUUCUUUUUUUUUUUUUUUUUUUUCAUGUUCAGAGAUAUGCAGUCAAAUUAUUCAUGUACAACUAAUGUCCCAUUAUUGACAUCUAAUGUGUUCCUGUAUCUCAGGUACAGUUUAGCACGAAUCAAUAUGUUCGAGACUUUGACAUCUUCUGAAUCUUCCCUCUGUAGGAGAUCUUGGUAUGCUUGUUUCUUGAACACCCAUACCCUUUUGACAUCAGGACGUUCUCUUUUAGCCACUAUGACAGAGAAUGUGUCUGCUGGUGAAAUCUGUUCAUCAGUUAUACUGACCACAUUGUUCUCGGUUCCUCGAGCAAUGGGAAGAUACUCCAGUUUCGGGAGUUUCACAGCUGGCAAUUUUAAUUCUGCAGCUCCAACAGGCAGAUUGAUCGGUUUUGGUUUUAUGAUCGGGAUAAUUUGGCUCUGAGUCGGAAGAGUUGUUGUUGAAGUUUGGGCGGGUUGAGUUGAUGCCCUCUUAUCGAUACGAAUACUCUCUGUCAUUUCAUUGUUCUGCACAUGAAGAAUUAUUGACUUCCCAUCGGUUGUGAUGAAAGUCACUCGAUUGGUCGGGUCCGCAUUAAUAAAUCUCAGUUCUCGAUUCAAGUAUUUGAAGAGCCAAUUUUCUCUGGUCUUAUCCUCAUCUUCAGCGAUCUCAAUGAAAUGUAAUUUGGAUCUGUUGGGUGUGUCUGCCUCAAUAUUUAGUUCACGCAUCUCCGCAGCAAGAUCCUUGUCACAAGCGACAGGUGACACUUCUGUCUCACCGGAUGCUUCGGAUCCUGCGCUCAAUGAGACAUCAGCUGUUUGUUGUUCUACACUCACAGCAACGUCUGACUGCGUACCCUUAAAUACGGGAGCUUUCUCUAAGAUCUUCCCUGUAGAUGUACUGGGUCCAGCCUGAUUUAGAAUCGAAAAAUUUGGUGUUUCGCCCGGAUCAACUUCUAAUCCUCCCAAUGAUUUGACAACAGCUCCAAGCUUCUUCGGGUCUAGUCCCGGUUUUCCAUCUGAGCCCACAGGGAGCUUCUUUCCCAUCUUCAACUCUGGUCUGCUAGACAUUAUAUUUUAUAAGUUGACUGAGUUCUGUUGAUGUUCUCGUCGAAUCGAUCGAGCUGUAGUCUUAACUGUGUUAUUAGGUAUUUUAGUCAUUUUUACACUAUCAGACAUAUGAGUUUUGAUCAAAAAGUUACACGAAUAUUUUUUUAAAUGUUUAUUUGUCUAUUCAAAGUUAAAAAAUCGUUUGUUUGCGAUCAAACCUUGUAUUCUUGUAACUUUUAUUUUAUACCUAUAAAGACUGAAAUAAUUCUAAUCAACGCGUAUCAUUUGUAAAGUGUCUCAGACGAUUUUAAUAAAAUAUACACCUGGGACCACAGUACAAAUAUUUCCUUUUAUUGUUGUUUAUGGCUCACACAUCCUUCCUUCAACGAAUAGCAGAUCAUGAUCAAGUGGCGAAGGUGGAAGCUAGCCAUUGUAGUAGUAUAGGUAAACCCACGUGUAAAAAUUGGGUAAUAGUGUUUGUGAAAGGAGAGCAAAGCACACGUGAAUAGAUUAAUUCACUUAUCAGACUGUGUGGCGCUUCAUUGACACGAGUCUUUAAAUACAUUUGAAAAAAAAACAACAAUUCAAUACUAAACUAAAAUGUAUGAACGAUAUGUUCCGAUGAACAAUUGCAAAUAUAAAUAUAUAUAGAAGGUGGAUUUGCAUAUGAAGUAAAAUUCUGAUUAUACGCGAGCGUAACAUGAGUGAAUGUAAUAUUUUUCCGUUUACUGUUUUUGAAAGCAUAGGCAGCCGUGGCAGAGUUCCGAGCUCUGGAAUACAAUUUUCUUACUCAAUAUUAAAGUUGCUAAAACUUAUAUUAUAGACCCAUUAAACGUAAAAAUAAUAAUUGUAUUGAUAUCAACACAUUUUUAUUCUAUUGAUUUUCAUGUCAUGAAACGCUAUGACUCAGGAAUAACAUUUUAUUGAGUGAUUUUUAUAGCUAUUUCGAUGAUGUUGUCUGGCAUCAGUAUCGAAAAAAUAACGAUGCUUUCACCAACACAAACAAAACCAUUGCAGAAGGUUGAAAAAUGAAAAUUUAACUUUCAGAGCACUUGCUCGAGUUUUCCGACGUUUUUCACGACAGCAGAUGAAAAUUUAAUAUCUUGUGAGUAAUCGAUUAGAGUUUGGUUGAUAUUACUUGUGUGAAAACGGUCAUUUUCUUCACACUGUUUCGCAAAAUUAUUGAUUUUCGGGCGAGGGGUGAGGGAGGGAGAUGAAAGAAAUGAGCGCCAUUGUGGCAGCCAUUUGUGGCUAGCUUCCACCUUCACCUUAAGGUGGCUUGCAUUAGGGUGCCAAUUAAUGUAUGGGAAAAAAUCGACCCUAAAAUUUCAAAAAGUUACCCUGUACGAAAUGUUCACCACCUCUAAAAAACACCCUAUGCCAAAUUUCAGCUCAAUCGGACUUAAGGGAGAGUGGCGCAAAGCGGUCAAAGUUUGAGUUUUUUGAAAAUCGAAAAAUCACCUAAGGGCGGAGUAAAGGAAAUCGGGGUUUUCGAAAAAAAAAAUUUGCCAAAUGUUUUAAAUUGCCAUCUCGAAAAUUUUUUUUUGUCAAAAAUCGACACUCUGGGACUUCUCUGAGAGUUUUUUUUUCGGAAUACGAAACGAAAAGUAUGAUUUAGGGUGCCAAUAAAAAUAGUUAUCUCGAUUUUUCAUUCGAAACUUGCUACGAAAUGUUGAUUUGCACGAUAAUAUACCCUAUGCAGAAUAUUAGCUCAUACGGACUCCAUUUACUGGUGUCGCAGACAUUAAAGUUGAGUUUUUUGAAAACCGAAAAAUCACCGGAAGUUGGGUUUUUUUUAAAAUCGAGGGGUUGUAUACGACCGCUUAGGACGUAGGACUACGCAAUCUUUUUUUUUUUUUAAUUUUUUGGUUUAUCAUUUCGGAUAUUAUUUGCGAAUACGUCGAAAUUCCAUAAAUCACUCUUUAGUAAAAAGUUCCGGGGUCCCUGAAGAGUUUUAACAGCUUGCGUGGCUUCGUAGAAUCAUUUCGAGAAGCAACGAUUCUUUCUUGCCUUUGCGAGAACAAUACACUAAUUGGACAUAUGUCGCAAUUUCUUUCUUUAUAUCAAUGCAUGCAUUUCACUGAGUAUUUAACGAGAGACAUCUUUCGUGCAUCGCCAUUCAACAAGCAUUAAACACGCGUCUAACAGAUGCACACAGUUGCAGCGAUAAAAAUGAAACAUCGAAACACUCGUUAUGUGAAAUAUUCGCUAGCGUUCACAGCUCGAGGGAUAACAUAUAAUACAAAACGUGCAGAAUAAGCGACCUUUGUUGUUUCGGGCUCAGAAAGAUUCUGAGAAUUUUCCUCAGAGGAGAUGCAAUGCUUAUACGCCAGCGACAGUUUACUCACGAGGAGCCGAUCUGGCGUAGUGGUAACAUCCAUACCUCUCACGCUGAAGAUCACGAGUUCAAUUCUCACUCCCAACAUUCUUCCAAAAUUGGAAGUAAAAAGUGACGAACCAGCCAAAAGUGUUGAAAGUCACUAUAAUACAGAUAUAAAAAAAAAAAAAAAGUUUACUCACUAUGCAAGGGUGGAGUUUACUUCCCAAAUAUUCUCUUUUCGCUAUCCCUCUUCGUUGUUUCUAUUCAAGCGGCUGCAUAAGUUGUCCGUUAUUGACAGCUCUCUUCGGGAAAGCACACAAAUGGACAAAACAAAUGUAUGGGGAAAUGGGAAUGCUUCCAAUUUUCAUCAAUUCAAACCAUAUACAGACAAUGGGAUUGUAAUGUAUAGCAUAUCAAACAAAUCUCAGAAAAUUUCCGAUUCUAUUGGUGUGCAAAUCGUUAAAAUCCGUUCGCAGCAAAAAUAGUUAUCUUUAUUCCAUAAAAACGUGACCUGUUUUCUGAUUUGGCACCCUUAAUGUAAGACGUAGUCCUACGUCAAAAAGAAUUGAUGCCAAAUGUCUUAAAAUUGCAUGACACGUCGAGAUUUACAGUCAGAAAAUGAGAAGUCAGAAAAUCCGGAUUUCUGCGUCGUCGGCUAUGUUCAGAUGUCAUUAUGCUCUCAAUUGUCAUCAUAUUGUCAAUAAUAUUACCGUGUUUGGUCCACUUUCUGAUUUUCGAGCAUCAAUAUUGUGACAUUUCAUAUGGAUGCAUGAUGUUGACGUUUUACCUCACGAACUUCCAGACUAAGCUGUCAGGUUUGCAAGCGGACAUAUAAUUUUUGUUAGUCUUUUUUGCGAUUUUGCGAUUUAUAAACUUCUGAAAUUGUCAUCAUCAAACUACCCAUCUAUAAGGUCGUGAACAUCAGUGGCUGAAUAAUCCCUUUUAUACCGCGCGGCGAAUGAGGUGGGAUGGCUCAAGCCACUGCAUUCCCGUAGGCGAAUGGCGUGACUGGUCACUAAGUGAGGUUUGAAUUUAGAAAUUCAAAAAGGUUCAUGACUUCCAUUUGAUUGAUACAUUGAAAGACAAAAAUACAGAUUUAGAACAAUGAAAAAACUCCAUUCAAAUGCAAUUACUACACAGUCCUAUGUCAAGAUCCCGUCCGUGCCUUUAGGCCCAGACCCAUCAACUUUUAUAAUAAUAAUUUUUAGUAGGAAUAUCGAAAAAUUAAGAGGAAAUAGGUUAAGUUAGGAUUAGGAAUACGCGCUUCAAGUAAUUAAAUAAUACCAAGUAGAUAUUUUCAUUCAAAUUUUACCAAUUAAAAAUUGCCUUUUAGUCUUCUAAUCUGAUGUAGAAUAGUUUGGCUCCCAAACUCGAAUGUCGCCACUAGCCAUCGCGGAUACUUUCGUUGUCUCGGGUUGAGGGCGAUAUUGUCCGUGUAAGGUGGAAAAAUAUUGAUUGAGGUUAGAUCGGAUGUCGAAAGCCUCGCUGUCACAAUUUUGGAGACAUUUAUUGUUAAUAAUUUUGAUCGUGUAAGGUGCCCAUAAGGGAUGACAGGGUGAAUGAUGAAGUUGCCCCACAAUGCAUGAUGUGUUUUUGUUACGAUGUGUUAUUUUUUUAUAACAAUCUACUACCUAGAGAAAGUAUUGUUAUUAGAGGCAAAAAUAAUCGAAUUAAUAAAAAUGAACAAACUACACUUUUUCAUCAAUUAAUGCUAGUGGUUCAAAUCGUUAGGGCCCUACAUACAUUUUGGCACACUGAAAUUCCAGUAUUAUUAACUUCUAAAUUUCUCUAAAGUAAAAUAUAAUUCAAUUUUACUUCUCGUUAAAUCUUAGGUUUGAUUAUUCUGAACACUAGAAUUGUAUAAUUUGAACUUUUUCUUUCAUUAAAACAACUAGAAAAUAAGAAUUACGCAAAUUAUAAUGUUCAUUGACAUGAUUCUCCGGUCCUUUUCCGGUCCUUUUAAGAAGAGACAUCUGACAGCAUGCGGAAAAAAGACAGCAUGGGGGAAGAGCUGCAAGAAUUUGUUUUCAAGGAAAAUGGACUUGAAAAAUAAUAAAUUUGAUUGACUCCGCAUGACCUAGGUUAUAAUAUGAAUUCUCCGAAACGAAUUUAUUUUUUAUGCACCAACCUUUGAGAAGAGCGUGUUUAAACUACAUAAUCAUAUUGAGAAUAUACAGUGACUCAUACUCGUAAUCGUACCUCACCAUGCAGAUCUCUUUUCCAUUCUUUUGAAUGUCGAAAACAAUCUUUCGGAACAUUCUAUUUAGAUAAAGUCAUAGUGUCAUAUGAGAGUUAAAAGGUUUGCUAUCUGUUUUCAGAAUAAUGUUUUUUAUUUCUCUAAAAAUGGUGAAUGUAUGUGCUAAUGUAUGAAAAUUGACUCAAACUCAUAUUCCCAUACAUUUGUUCUGCGCAUUUCUGUGCCCACCUACCUAUGUUUUCUAUCCGAGUAACGAGUGGAGUCGUGAGAUAUUAUUUUUGUAUACUACUGCGAAUAAGUAAAUUGCUCGCUGGAAAUUCAAAUGCAACGCUCGUUCGUACGAACACUGUAGAGGGACAGCAGAACGAAUUUCAUAUUUUCACUCUGCUGAGUGUUUCGUGCCUCAUAUAUCACCACUUUUGCAUGUUUAUGCGCAUCAUAUAUCACCCAAAAUAUGGCUUGAAUUUGUAUAUACGCUAGUUAUACGAUUUAAUGUUUGCUGGGCUAUUCGCACCCCAAUAUGUUCCCGAAAAACGUAAUCCUACGUCAUCCUACGAGAUAUCAGCGAGUAAGUAAUUUGGUUGCGUCCACAGCUCAAUCCAAUACGAAGACAUGUGAUGACGCAAAACAAGGAAGAACAAGUGAUGUUCAUCUAUAACGAUACUGAAAAUUUGCCUCAAAUAUUCCCCUUCGUUCUUCUUCUUCUCUUCUUUGUUCACGGGGACUUUAAAACAUUCACCUUCGUUGAUUGCCGAUAAGUUGCUCGUUAUUGACGGCAUGGGUAGGGAAGCUCACAAGUGCUCCCGUGGCCGAGUGGUUAGCGUCAUAACUAACAUGCCGGGUGUUCGGGUUCGAUUCCCGUUCUGGUCGGGGGAAUUUUUCGUCAAAGAAAUUUCCUCCGACUUGCACUGUGAUCACGCGUAUUCAAGAGCUUGCCACUCAGAAUGCAUUCAAGGCGUGUUAUUUGGCAUAGAAAUCUCAACUAAGUACUAAUAAAAAUGACGCAAGUAAUACUACGUUGAGACGGCGAAGUUCCUCUAGGAACGUUAGUGUCAUUGAAGAAAAAGAAGAAGAAGAAGAAGAAGGGAAGCUCACAAAUGAGCAGAACAAAUGUAUGGGAGAUUGAAAUGCUCCUAGUUUUCAUUAAUUUAAAUCGUUUACACAUUAGGGGAUUUUAAUAUAUAACAUAAAAACAAAUCUUAGGAAAUUUCCGGUUCGUUUGGUAUGCCAAUCCUUAAAAUCCGUUCACGGCAAAAAUAGUUAUUAACAUUAACUUUAUUUUAUAAAAACGUGACCUGUUUUCUGAUUUGGUACCCUUAAUGAAAGACGUAGUUCUACGUCAAAAAGAGAGAAGUAUGGAUGCCCGACCGGCACUCUCAGUGUCAGCAACUGCUGAAUCGGUCGAAUCGAUUGGAAACGAGUGCGAGUCGGUUCUGAAAAUUUGCCUUCUACCUACUUAAAAGUUUCUUUUUGUUUUGACACGGGCCGAUCGCCACAUACAGUAGAACCCCGAUUAUCCGUUAUCCGUCAAAAUAGUCGGGUUAGGUCACCGCGUAUAACGAACAUCGCGGAUAACGCAAUUUUGUCUUGUCUAUCCAUCUGUAAGGUCGUUUACAUCAGUGAUAAGAUAAUGUGGAAGCCAUGACCAAAAAAAAGAGCAAGAUUCUACCACUCACUGACAAAUUUCGGGACGGUUUAUAGAACUACUAAGAAACCCGCGAUCGCGGAUCAUCCGCUCGCGGAUAAUCGAGGUUCUACUGUACAUGCAUACAAAUUAGACGCAAUGUAUUUAAAAAAAAUUGUCCACGUGGAAAUUAUCUAUACCCCCUCCUCCCUCACGAAAUGUCCACGCUUGUCGGACAUUUCGUGACCCCUACCCCUCCUAAAGUUGUGGACAGCCACUAAGUAAAGAAGUGACACUGUUAAAAAAGCGAGCGAAAGACACUGAGACAAAAGCCUUCUUUUGGCAAUAUUUUCGGCUUACAGUAGGAAUUGUAUAGAAAUUAUAUAUCUCAAAAAUACACAUACACUAUCAUACUGAAAUGCCUUCACAUACUUCAUAAGGUCUUCAAAAUGUCUACACAAAAUCAAAAGUCUUCACAGUAUGUUGAAAGUCUUCAAAAUGAAGACAUCUACAAAAGCGAGUACAAAUGUAAAAGGCUCAACACUGCAUUGGAAGAUAUUCCAUUAUGUCGCCAGUUCACCGAACUUUUACGCAUUCCCUUUGAUGAUUUAGGCAAAAUGUUGAUAACUAUUUUCUGCGAUAACUACUACCAUAAUGCAUAAAUUGAACUAAAUUGGGAUUUGUUUGCAAUUGAAUUCGUAAAUUGUUUUAUUCAUUCACUAGUUUAACAUGUUCGACGCCCAAAGCGGCUUUUCUAAGUUUCUUGCGGAGCAAAACUUGCGAAUAAAUGAUUAAAUGAAGAUCAAACUUAGUUUGUAGAUAACUUUUACAUGAUCUGGCAAUAUUUUAUUUAAUUUGAAGAUUGGAAUUCGGGUGAAUGUUAUAGAAUUCUAAGUGGAUUCUUAUUUUACUAAAUAAUUUGAGAAUCUUAGAAUAAGUUGUAAAGAUUUUAUUGAACUCUAGCCUAAUUCCACAUCACACAAAAAAUCAUAUCGAAAAAUAGAUAAAUUCAACCCUGAUACCGACUUCUAAAAAUGAUCUUUCGAAAGUUGAUACCGCCAAUUCCGGACUUCCAGUUCUUCAUCCAGAUCGGUCAGAAUUGUGCUGACGUUCUCCCCGAAUUCAUUGACUUGCCGUGUGGGCCUGCCGGAUAUCCCCGUUAGGCCACCGAUGACACUCUUGUUGCUAGCACUGGCCGCCACAUUGAUCGUUCCUUCGGUUCCGUUGUGUAGAAAUCGUUUGUAGUUCUCUCCGUACAGGGGAUUGCUACGCACCACGUGAUCCGUCUUCACUCGAUGACUAAUUCCGGUGACGUUGUACGUAUCGUCUUCAUCGGCCGUAUUGCCACUGACCUCCGCCUUCUUACUGCGACUCUUCCGAUCGAACAGCUGCGACCGGAAGAAGAACUUGUGUCAUAAGAUGCUGGUGAAGCUCUUGUUGGUGCUCCUCUUCAGCGCGUAGACACACACACAGAGUACCGCUAGCAGCAUGCACACCAGCGUGAGCAUCGAGAAGAACGCGUGCUUGUACCGUAAGGCUUCCGAUGAUUCCCGGUACAACUGCUGUUCGUUCUCCAGGAUAAGAUCUAUCCGACGGUUGCGUAGUUCUUCCUGAUCGCUAGCAUUCAUCGCUU